CUAUUAAAAAACUCAGCGCCGACAUGUAUAUCUUGUAGAAAGAUUUCUUUCUCAUUUCUCCAUCGGUUUUGAGAAAACAGGCCGCAGCUUCACACUUCCAAUCUCUCACUUCUUCCAGAAGCAGAAAGUCAAGUUAAGAAGAAUGGCGUAUGCUGCAAUGAAGCCGACCAAGCCUGGUUUGGAGGAGCCCCAGGAAGAGAUUCACAAGAUAAGGAUUACUCUCUCCUCUAAGAAUGUGAAAAACCUCGAGAAAGUUUGCGCUGAUUUGGUUCGUGGUGCCAAGGAUAAGAGAUUGAGGGUUAAGGGACCAGUGAGAAUGCCCACCAAGGUUCUUCACAUCACGACGAGGAAGUCUCCCUGUGGUGAAGGAACAAACACAUGGGAUCGAUUUGAGCUCCGAGUUCACAAGCGAGUUAUUGACCUUUUCAGCUCUCCUGAUGUGGUCAAGCAGAUCACUUCUAUCACCAUUGAACCUGGUGUUGAGGUGGAGGUCACCAUUGCAGAUUCUUGAAUGUUCAUCAAUAGUUUUUGGACCUUACCUAGUUUUAGUUGAUUAGUAGAUUUUCAUCUAAUGUGGCCCUCUCUGCUCUGAACGAUCUAUUAGUGGUUGUCGGUCUUCUGUAGUUUGUGUUUUCCAAUACCAGUGUUGAAGCUAAGAUUCUAUUCUCUUGUGUGGCACCAGAUUUUGUUUUCUUUGUAUUACCUAAAGAUUAUAUUUGGAUGUUUUAAUUUAAUGCAUUAUUUGACAUUAAA